AGUUUUUGUUUUGUAGAGCGAAAUAGAAACAGAGAGUGACUUUGGACCUUCAUCUGUGGCUACACACACCAUACCAACAAAAGCUAUUCACACACACACACACUCUUUCUUCACUAAUACUAUGCUCAAUUCUUCUUGUUUAAGCUUCCAAUUCAGACUCAACUGAUUUUAAAUUCCCAGGUUUCUUCCUCAAGUAUUCCUCCAAAAAUCAUUGUAGGCACUCUACCAAUAUAGACAAUGCAACAUCCCAAGACAAGAGGUGGGGCUACACGAUCGAACACAAAACCAAGAACAUCAGGACCAAAAGUCGUUGACAACCGAUGGCAACGUUCUCCAACAUCCGAGAAACAGCUGGCUCGGCUUCAAGAAGAGCUCAAGAAAACAAAGGACCAGCUGAGAGAAUCCGAGUUAUGCACUAAACAGGCUUACAAAGAAGCCGAAGAAGCCAAGAGGCAGCUCGCGGCUAUGUCAGCCAAAUUCGCCGAGUCACAAAAACAGCUCGACGAGCUAUGGGCUAGCGAAGACUCUCGAAUCCAACAACUUCGUAAAAUCUCCCAGGAUAGAGACCGAGCCUGGGAGUCUGAGCUAAAAGCCGUCCAAAAACACUUAGCCACAGCCAUAAACGAGAACCAGAAACUCAACACUCGACUACAAAAACUAGCCGAGUCUGACUCGGCUCAUGCAAAACAAGCCGAGUCAGCUCAUGAUGAAAUACUGACACUAAAGUUACAAGUGUCAGAAACCAUUGAUCUACUAGAAGAACUCAAAAUUCAACUAAAUGAAUCAAAAGAUUCGGAAUCUCGAGCUUUGGAACUCGUGAGCCAAACUCGAGAUUCCACUGAACUAGCCGCCAGCGCGCUGGCGACUAGUGUUGAGAUGGAAAGUGAGUUAAAAAGGUUAAAAGUGCAAACGGAACAGUGGAAAAAGGCGGCUGAGGUGGCGGCCGCCAUGGUAUUGGGUGACGGUGGCGGCUGCGUUGGUGAUGGGAAGUUCGUAGAUUCUUUUGAGUUUAAUGUUGUUGGUGACAAGUACAAUUCAUGUUGUUCGGAAGAUACGGAGGAUGAGUCAUCAUUUAAGAAAACAAGCAACAUGUUGAAGAGAAUUGGGGUGUUGUUGAAGAAAGGACAAAAGUAGUUCGGAUCAUCCUAUGAUUAUAUUAUAAACCGUUAAAUGUUAAUUUACAGUAAGUCAGUAAUUAUUGUAUUUUUGAGUGAUUAUUAAUUUUGAGUUUGGGAAAUAAUUAUUGGU